CCUGCUCCCGCUGCCGCUCCCCGGGCGGCUGGUCCGGCCCGGGCCGGGCUGCGGCCAUGCGCCAGCGCCGCGCCGAGCGGCCGAGCGGCGGGGCUGCACCGCCGCCGCGUCCCGCGGCAGCGGCGUGAAACGGCGGGAGGAUGAAGCGGGCGAGGCGGGCCGCGCCGGGCCCCCUGCCCCUGCUUGGGCUGCUGCUGCUGGGCGCCCUGCCGGGGCUCUGGACGGUGCUGCUGCGGCGGGAGGCGGCGACGCGGCGGGAGCCGGAUCCAGAGCCGCGCCCGCCCCCGGGGCGGUGGGGCUGGGGGAGCUCCCCGGCGGCGCGGGGCGAGCCCGGCGGCGGCGGGCAGAAAACUUUCCGGGCGCUGCUGGCGGUGCCGGCCGCGGACCAGGAGGAGCGGGACGACGAAGGGCGGUUUGCUGCGGCCGGCUUGCCGCCGCCGGCCGCCGCCGCCGCCGUCUCUCCGGUGGAGCGGGGCAUCUUCUGGAGCCGUGAGCUGGAGGCGCUGGUGCCGCCGGGCUUCGCGGCGGAGGAGGCGGCGGCGUGGCUGUCGGCUGCCCGCGCCGCCCGCGUGGCCUCGCUGGAGCGGGGCGGCUGCGGGCGCAGCUCCAACCGGCUGGCGCGGCUGUCGGACGGGAGCCGCGCCUGCGUCCGCUACGGCAUCAACCCGGAGCAGAUCCAGGGCGAGGCGCUCUCCUACCACCUGGCCGGCGUGCUGGGCAUGCAGGAGCGGCUGCCGCCCAUGGCCCUCGCCCUGGUGGAAGCCCGCGGGCGGCAGUGGGAGCCGGUGCGGGAGGAGCUGCGCGGCUCGCACUGGGCCGAGGGCGCCGUGGUCAGCCUGACCCGCUGGGUGGACAACCUCACCGCCGUGGUGGCUCCCGCGCCCUGGGGUGCCGAGGCGGGCGCCGGCCGGCGACUGCAGCCGCUGUCGGCGGGAGAGCUGGGCGGCCUGCCGCCCUCGCAGCUGGUGGAGCUGGUGCAAUGGAGCGACCUGAUCCUCUUCGACUACCUGACGGCCAACUUCGACCGCCUGGUCAGCAACCUCUUCAGCCUGCAGUGGGACCCGCGGGUGAUGCGCCGCGCCACCAGCAACCUGCUCCGCGCUCCUGACGGCGGGCUCGUCUUCAUGGACAACGAGGCGGGGCUGGUGCACGGCUACCGCCUCCUCGCCAUGUGGGACCCCUACAACGAGCCGCUGCUCCGCUCCGUCUGCGUCUUCCGCGAAGGCACGGCGCGGCGCGUCGCCGAGCUGCACCGCCGCCGCAGCGCCGCCGCCGAGCUGCACCGCCGCUACCGGGCGCGGGAGCCGCUCUGGGCGCGCCUCGGCUUCCUCUCGGAGCGGCAGGCCGAGCUGCUGCAGGCCCGCGUCGACUUCGUGCACCGCCACAUCGCCCAGUGCCGCGCACAGGCCGCCGUGCUCUGACGGCCGCCGGGCGGACGGAGCGCGGUGGCGAGAGCCGGAGACCCGCGUAGCUCCGCGGUUUUUUUCCCUCCGAGGGAGCGGGGCUUACUCGCUCCGGCGGCCGACGAAGGCUGGGGCGGACCCUGCCUGCCAGCUCGGUGCUCGGUGCUCUGUGUCUGACCCUGCCGGAGAUGGGGAGAGGGAGGGGUGACCGCCGGGAGCGGACGCUGACGCUCGGGUGCGAGCAAUAACGGGCUAGCUGCCUGCCGGGGCUGUCGAGAGGAGCAAUUAAUUCGCGUUUGUCAAGAUCUCAGAAGAUGCAGAGUGCGAUCGGUAUAAUUACAGACGAGUUCUACUCCAGGGCUCUGCUCCCAGAGCUUGAAAAAAUGUGAGGGUUCAGCAUCUUGAGUGCUUUCCUUAACUAUCUUGGUGCACUUGCCCUCAUAAAAGACCCUGUAAACGCUGUCGUCUUUGUCUGGUUUGGGGUCGACUACCUUUUCCUUCCAAGGGAGGCAGGCGGAAACACUUUUUUAUAUGUUCUUCCUUUUGCAAUAGCAUAUUUAAGUAUGAAUGUUGAUAUUCAUAGACCAAGAACUGAUUGCACAAUAGGGGAGCCCCUAACUAGCAAAACUGCCCUAUUUAUGAAGCUCAUUUCCCUACCGAUUUUCUUUAACGAGAGUGAAACUUUCUGCUGAUUGUUAAAGCUUGUCAGCGAGAAGUGUGUAAGAAGACCAUAUUCCAUUAGCUCUUAGUCUUUGUUGUGGAUGCAUCUGGUUAAAAUCUUUUGAUUCUUAAGCGUUUGUUUUUAAUCUUCACCAUCAUCGUUUCAUCUGAUGAGUACAGUAACUGACUAAUGGGUGACAGAAGAGGAUCUCCCAGGUUUUAAAAACAUUGCUAUGUGCUAAGACUUUGACGCAAUAGUUAAAGUGGAGGAAAAACUGUCAUGCACUUUACUUUGACUUUUUAAUUUUUUAUAAAAGAAGACCUUUUUAUUUUACGAAGUCUGCCUUUUAUGUACAUUAUAUAUGUUCAUAAGCUUUUCUGUAACAUACUAAAGAAACUGAUAUUUCAGUAAAGUGUGUUAAUGUUUUACCCUGUUUGUCCUGAAUGCUUGCCUGAGCUUUGACAGGGAAAGCGCGCACCUCAUCAGUCUUCCCUGGUGGGUGACAGAGAUCACUUCUUUCCAGCUUCUCAUUCCACUGAACUGAACCGAGUUUUUCUUGUUCCCUCCGAGGCAGGGAGGGGUAGAGUUAAGCUUUCAAACGCUGCUCUUCCUUCUCUCUCUCUCUUUCCUAGCUGUUUUGUCACUGAAAGGGCAAAAGCUCUUUGUGUGGCUAAAAUAAUGUGACUGUUGCAUACUUUAGCUGAAUAGACUUUUGUCUGUGUUUUGAAGCCUGAAAUGAACUGCUUUGACUAGCACUGAGAUAACUGAAGCAGUUAGUUUCAGCAAACUGAUAUGGACGGUGUGGGCUUAGCAGCUGCAGCUUCUUCGGGUGCUGGGCCUGAGUACCAGCCUCUUAAUACAGGUCAUGUCAAGUGUUACUCUACCAGAAACAUCCCUGGAGGUGGCGGUUGCUUUCAAUGGUUUUCUUAUUCUGGUUCUCAAUCUUCUCUUCCCAUUUUGGCAAUCUGUGCAAAUUGAAGAACAGGAAAACUUUUCAAUCUUGCUAAAAUAGUUGGUGGGUUUUUUUCCUACACAAGUUUUGUUCUAGGUAGGGUGAAGUGGUAGCAGUGGAUGUACAAAAUAGCUGCAUCUCUUGUUUGCUUUUUCACAUGUACCAGUAUUCAUAGAAGAGGCCAUUGUAUGGCUCAAAAUACAGACAGAAUAAGGACAAAGGACAAACUAAUCCUCUUUAAACCCCAAAUACCGGUAUAUAUCCUGCUAUAAUCAAACAGCAGCAUAAUCUCUUCUGCAUCUAGACAGGCACCUCUCGAUGAAGGCAGCAGCAAGCUCAGUGGCUGCUAAGCAAGUAGAUGCUGUCUUCACUGUGUGGAGUGCUAACCUUCCCCUGAACUCAGAGAGGACUGUGCAUUCAUACCUGCUGGCAGAAGGUUUUGGGUUGUUAA